AUGGAGUAUUACUAUUGGGCGACGGCCGGUGGCGAUCGAGGCAUUGAGGCGGCAAUGGGAGUCGGCGAUCGAGGCGUUGAGGUGGACACGGCCAGCAGCGAUCGAGUCGUUGAGACGGCGAGGGUGUUCAGCGAUCGAGGAAAGGCUCCGAUUCCACCAGAGUGGCGAAACGAUGAUUGGAUCGACGAUAUGUUGAGUUCAGAUCGAGUGAUGAGUUAUCUCGUUGAGGAUUCCGGCUUGAUGAAUGUGGAAUGUAGUGGUAGCAAAUCCAUCGAACAAUCUUACUGUGCCAACAAAUCAACGCAAGGUCACAGUUCUGUUAUUGAUCCGCUGCAAUCAGAUAACCAUAUCAAUGAGUUGGGGGAUAAUGUGAUGCUGGAUGAUACUUUGCGCAUGGAAGUUACAUCUGCUCUCAAGGAAUGUGGCGAAGAUAAUAGCGGCAAUGAAUUGGGAGUUGAUAAUGUGAUGGUGGAGGAGGAUGCCUUGCGCAAGGAAAUUUCAUCUGUGACGAAGAAUAAUGAUUUGGCUGUUUUUACUUUAGUUGGCAAGACUGCGAGAAGUGAGAAAGAAGCUUAUGGCUUGUAUAAUGAUCAUGCCCGAUUGAUUGGUUUUAGUGUGAGAGUGGGAAAACAGAAGUUUAGAGGUAAGACUGAUAAAGUUAGGAUGAAGAAGUUCUGUUGUAACUGCGAAGGAUACAAGAGAUCCGGUGGAAAUGGUGAUGUAUGCCAUGAGAGGGUUAAUUUUCGGUGUACUUUGAAAAUGAAGUAUACUUUGAGAGAUGCCUACAAUUAUGAGCGUCCUGGUGUUGGAUUUGAAGGUGCUGUGAGGGGUGAAGAUCUACGCUGUAGCCAGGGAAACAUCGAUUCAUAUCUUCCUGGUGACCCUUUCCUGGAGAGCAUUCGCAGAGUGGACACAGUUGAAGCAUUUAGGGAGGUUCAGCUUUUGGACAAAGAUGGGAUGUUGUGUAGGCAGGAGCAGUUAGAGGUCUCAAAUGAUGGCAAUAUUGUGACGUACAAUGUUUGGCAGUUUAGGAUAGAGCACUUUAAGCAUGUGGUUGUACAUGACACUAGGUUACAGAGAUUCUCAUGCACGUGCAGGUCAAGCAUAGCUAAUGAGGGAGAUGGAAAAGCUGUUGGGCCAUUGUUGUGGAAGACGCUAAUUAUGAGACGAUUUUCAGACUUGGUGUAUGCAAGUGAAUAUAACAAAGAUGCAAAGAAAUGUUGUGACGAGGCGGUUGACAGGCUUAAAGAAGAACUCGGGAGUUUCAUUGGUUCGAAUAAUAAUGAUGAGUUCAUAGACAAUGAUGGUGUUAUAAAGAAUCCGGCUGUAAAGAGGAAGCAGUUUGGUCCCAGGAACGAACGUCCUAAAAGCAUUGUUGAGAAGGCAUGUAACAAAGUUAGAGGCAGGAAAACAAAUGCAAGAAUUGCUGCUGACCGAACAAGAACUUCAGUUGCAUCAGACCUGCAUUAUCAAAGCAUGCCAUUUCCUUAUCCAAAGGGAGCUGCUCAAGGUUUUUCAGACUCAGGAAGUUUUGCUGCUGUGAAUGCUUCCCAUCAAUGCAUGUCAUCUUUGAACGUAAACUCUGGUGGAUUCUCAUUUGCUAAUCCAAGUGUAGCUGCCCAGGAUUUUUCAGGGGCAGGGGCUUCCACUUCUGUGAAUGCUUCUCAUCAAAGCAUGCCAUUCAUCAACGAAAAAUUCCGGUGGAUUCUCAUUUCCAAUUCUCAAGGGAGCUGGCCAGGAGUUUCUAGGCGCAAGCACUUUCGCUGCUGUGAAUGCUUCUCAUCAAAACAUGACAUUUAUGAAUCAAAACUUUGGUGCGUUCUCAUUUCCUAA